GCCACACAGAGACAGCCCACAGUGGCCACAACCACAGGGUUGUCCUCAAAGGUGGCAAAGAGCUCCCUGGUCUGGUGGACAUCUAUGGCAUUGGGCAUCACCAAGAAUAUGCUUCCAAAGAAGGUAGUUGAUCUCUAGGAAGCAUCUUGCACUGAAAGUUCUUUCUCAAAUCCUGCUUCUAGAGAACCCGACGAAUAACGUCUCUGCAGUAAUCCUGGCAGCCCUCUCCUACCGGUCAAGGCACGCGCUCACCGAUGAGCAGUUGUGUCUGACCUGCUCGUGCCCAAACCUGCCUAUGUCCAUUGUGCUUGUGACGCUAAAGCCAACCAACUGUUAGUCCCAACCAAGUUGAAGAAGACAAAGGGCCACCUGACUUCUACCUCAUCUACAACAUCCACCAUCUACACGCAUCGCCAACAUCCACCUUAAUAUUCUCUGACAGAUUCUUCAUGGGCUGUUGACCAUCCUCCAAGGAGCCAAGGGAGGAGGCAGCAGGCAGGGUGAAGGUCACAGAGCUGGCAGCAGCAAUGUGCACAGAGGAGCCUUGCAAACUCCGGGGCUGAAUUCUGGUCAUGAGGCACCGUCCUUGUCACCGUCUUGGAGGUGGUCUACAUGGAGAUGUCACUGGCCCCUGAUCCUCUGGCCGAUGGAUUUAUUCGGCGGGAGAAUGAGGGGCAGGAAGAAAAAGAGCUGGAAGUUAUUGUCCCAGUGUCCUCCCUGUCAGGUCACUGUGGGUUGACUGCUUCAUUCUUCAAAAGCCACUGCUCCUACCAGGCAGCCCUCUUCACACACAGCGGCCCCCUUUGGGUUCUCGUCACUUCAGGUGGAGCUGCUGCUGUCCUGUGUCAUCUGUGUGCUCAGCAAACAAAGGACAUCCAAAGGGAAAUGCAUCACAGGAAAAGCAGCUGGUUUGUGGGAGACCUGGGCACCCCACCCUCUACCUCAGAGCUGUCUGUGCCAAGGUGUGGAAUGGAGACAGACCCUGUCUGAUCUGCCCAGCUCCCCUCAGGACAGAUCACUGAAUGGUUCUUGGAGACUGGAAGGAGCUGUGAACACAGUGGGAAGGGAUGUCAAACUUUGGUGGUAUUUAUCAAGUUGCCAAAGGACAGUCAGAAGAGAUAAAAAGAAGAAGAAGCUGCUGUAAACCAAGCUCUCCUUGUUUGCAAAGAUGAUAAUGAAACAUCCUAGAGCAGGUGAGCGUCUUCUUUACCCUAUUACCAACUCCUCGGACGUGACCCAGGAGAGAUUCUGCAUGGAGCCAGGACAAAAGGACCCAGCUCUCCAGGACUGUUCAGGUGGCCUUCCGAAUGAGGAACCGUAUGGGAUCCUGAUAUGACUCAAGUGACAACAUGCUGUCCCCCGAAGAGUCUCAUGACUUAGGAAAUCAGGGCACCCUUGUUCCUCCUUGCCAGGAAUCGGUCUGGGAUGUGCAUGUGCCACAGUUCAGCCAAUAAGACCAAGAAAAAAUUGGAUUCUGGGAAAGAUUUUCCUCCAGCUUAAAAGGAGAGAGACGUGAAAAGAAAAUGCCUCCUUUGUUCUCAUUGUAUGUCCCUACUUUUACUGGGACAAUUCCUGGAAUGAAGGGAGUCACUCAUAAACAAAACUGAACAGGCCCAAGGAUGAGAAACCAGCCCUCCAAAGAUGGUGAUGUGGUAGAUGGAACGGAGCCUGGUGAGAUGACUCAGAUGAGCUUCUGAGCUACCCAGGACCCCCAGAUGACUCGAUGUCCAAGACGAAUGCACCUCUUGAGGGUUUCAGCAGAUACUUACUUGGUUACUUCCAGCCAAAGCACCUUCUGUUAACUUGUUGGGCCUUCAAGAUAUUGUUAUGGGCUGAAUCAUGUCCCCAACAUAUGAACAAGAUUUGUAUGUUGAAUCCCUAGCCCCUGGGCCCUCAGAAUGUGAUUGAUAAUACUUUUAAGGAUGUGAUUAAGUUAAACAGGAGUCCGUUAGAGUGGCCCCCAAUCCAAUCUGACCGGUGUCCUUAUAAGAAGAGGAAAUCUGGAUACGUGCAGAUACACCAGGGAUGCGUGCCCCCAGAGGGAAGACCAUGUGAAGUAUCCUCAGCCAUCUGCCCAAUAAGGAGAAAGGCCUCAGAAGAAACCGGCUCUGCCAAUACCUUGAACUUGGACUUCCAGCGUCUAGAAAUGCAAUAUGAGUACUCCUCAUUGACUUCAGGUGUCUUUGAUGGUCCCAAUAGUCUCUCUUCUGAUUACAAACCAUUUCCACCUCCUGGUUGGACUUUUCCUGAACGCCUGCCAAAGCAGAAUGCUCCACUAAACUCUCUCUCCAACCUCAGCCCAGCAGGAAAUACGCAGCUUUUCUUGGUUAAACCAAAAGUGACAUUGGAAAGGGAGAGACAAUAAGAGAAUUAAAAUUUAACAAGAACAUGCAGCUGGGAAAUUGACCCUUGACCAAACAUAAUUAAUCCUGGUGCAGCUUCCCCUUGGAAUGUGAAGAAAUACCAGGCCCUCAGGCUGGGGAAAGCAGAGUAGCACCAGGAGGGAGUGGGAGAGCAUGAAGGAAAGGAAAGGAGGAGCCAAGGAGCAGUUGCCUUGAAGACGGAGGCGCAUCUGUUUACUGUCACAGCACUCCCGCCAGGCGCCCUGUGAUGGACAUACUAUUUGGCAGAAAUAAGAAAGAACAACUGGAGCCUGUGAGGGCCAAAGUGAGAGGCAAGAUUCCAACAUGGCUUCAGGGAAUCCUGCUUCGCAAUGGGCCUGGGAUGCACACAGUGGGGGAGACCAGCUACAACCAUUGGUUUGAUGGCCUGGCUUUGCUCCACAGCUUCACCAUCAGAGAUGGUGAAGUCUAUUACAGGAGCAAAUACCUGAGGAGUGACACUUACAACGCCAAUAUCGAGGCAAACAGGAUUGUGGUGUCAGAGUUUGGAACAAUGGCCUAUCCAGACCCAUGCAAAAACAUAUUUUCCAAAGCUUUCUCCUACCUGUCCCACACCAUCCCAGACUUCACAGACAACUGCCUGAUUAAUAUCAUCAAGUGUGGACAAGACUUCUACGCAACCACAGAGACCAAUUACCUCAGGAAAAUCGACCCACAGACUCUGGAGACUCUGGAAAAGGUUGAUUAUCGAAAAUAUGUGACUAUAAAUCUGGCAACAGCGCAUCCCCAUUAUGAUUCGGCUGGAAAUGUUCUCAACAUGGGCACCUCCAUUGUGGACAAAGGGAAGACGAAAUACGUGAUCUUUAAGAUCCCUGCCGCAGUACCGGACAGGACGAAGGGGAAGAGCCCCUUGAAGCACACGGAGGUGCUCUGCUCCAUCCACUCCCGCUCCCUUCUCAACCCAAGCUACUACCAUAGCUUCGGGAUCACCGAGAACUACAUCGUUUUUCUUGAGCAGCCCUUCAAGUUGGAUAUUCUAAAGCUGGCAACUGCAUACAUCCGAGGAGUGAACUGGGCUUCUUGCUUAACUUUCCACAAGGAGGAAAAGACUUACAUUCACAUUGUUGACCAAAGGACUGGGAAGCCCGUGUCCACCAAGUUUUACACGGACCCUAUGGUGGUCUUUCACCACGUCAAUGCGUACGAGGAGGACGGCUGCCUCCUGUUUGAUGUCAUUGCCUAUGAGGACAGCAGCCUCUACCAGUGUUUCUACCUGGCCCACUUAAGGGAAAACUCUGAAGAGAAUUCCAAGCUCACGUGUGUACCCGCCCUCAAGAGGUUCGCUGUGCCCCUCUGCGUGAACAAGAAUGCAGAAGUAGGCUCAGAUUUAAUCAAACUGGCAUCUACAACAGCAAGAGCCCUUAAGGAAGAAGAUGACCAAGUCUACUGCCAGCCGGAGGUGCUUUGUCAAGACUUAGAACUGCCUCAGAUCAACUACACUCACAAUGGGAAGCGAUACCGAUAUGUCUUUGCUGCUGAAAUUCAAAGGAGUCCCAUCCCAAACAAGAUGGUCAAGUAUGACAUCCUCACGAAGUCCUUCCUAAAAUGGGAAGAGGAGCACUACUGGCCAGCAGAACCCCUGUUCGUGCCCACGCCAGGCGCCAAAGAUGAAGAUGACGGAAUUAUCUUAUCAGCCAUCAUCUCUUCUGAUCCCCAAAAGCUACCUUUUCUGCUUAUUCUGGAUGCCAAAAGUUUCACAGAACUGGCUCGUGCGUAUGUUGAUGUCGACAUGCACCUGGACCUCCACGGGAUGUUCAUCCCAGACGCAGACUCGGGCCUGAGGAAACAGGCCCCUUCCCAGGAAGUCCAGGACGAGGCCUCGGAGCCCCACGUGGCCUCACAGACCUGACAGCCUGGACGGCCCUGCUGGCAGGCUCCCGCAGCACACAGGUGUGAUCUCUCCUGUAAACCUUGUUUGAAAGUUGAUCAGAUAUUAUUAAUCAGCUCUAGCACUUCUGAGAAAGACCUUUUCCUGUGAAGACCAUGAUUGUAAAUCAGAAAUUGUGUUGUCACAUAUUCAUCGUUCUUAGAAUGAGCAACCGCCGGCAGAGCAGAGACAGACGGGCGUUAUCAUCGCCCUUCCUCCUCCCUUUGCUCUCUUCCCUCUCUCCGUUCUUCCCAGUGGACUAGACUGUGCACCUGGGAGCUGCAGCUUUCUCAACCGUGCCCUGUUAGUAAAUUAUGUGGCCAGCGUUGUGGUCAUUCCAUGCAAGGCGUGACGUGAUGUAAAAUAAUAAAAACUUUAAAGUCUGU